UAACACACAGAAGUUCAUGCCCGAAUCUCCUGACAAUGUGUCCCUUUACAUCGGUCUGUGUGUCUCAGUGGCCGUCGCUUUGAUCGUCCUCAUCGCCGUCAUCAUUAUCUGCCGCAGGCAUAGUCGACGACGACGUGAUUUCAGAGAUAUGGGCCCAGGUGAGUGCU